UGAGCGAGGAGGCGCGGCCACGGGAGAGUAAAAACUCGGUUUCAGCCAGAGUUUUGAAAACUUUCCCAAACCCUAUAAGGGAGUUUGACUUUUCGGGCUCGCCGGCUGAGACGGCUCGGCCCAGGCAGACGCACUGGACACUGACAGACAGACGGACAGACACUCACCGCCCUGCGAUUCGCUUGCCUUUCCGAGAAGCGUAUUUUCGUUUGAGCGAGUUUUUUUCCUCCCUCUCUCUCUUUUUGCCGUUCGCUUUUCCGCUUCCCCUCCCUCCUCCAGGCAGCGACCCUCUCCGCAGCUCUGCCAGCUCUCCAGAGCGCUAUAAGGGAGAGAGAAAAAAAGCCCAAAGCCCCAACAGAGCCCGACUCUGCGCUCCGCUGACUCGAAGGAUGCUGACUCGCCGCUGCCGUGGCCGCUGGGUUUGAGGGCCUGGGAUUGAGGCAGUGGGAGCUCCAGACUUUGGCCUCCCGCCCCUCCCUCCUCCGCGGACGCCCUGCCCGACUUGGGAUCGGCUCGGGCUUCCCCCUGCCCUCCUCCCCUCCCUCCGUCUCUCUGUCUCUCUGGUGUGCGUGCGCCUGGUUGGGCGGGAGGCCGUCCUAGUCCCUCUCCCCUUCUCUCUGUGCCUCUCUCCCUCCCUCGCCAGCCCCUUCCCUCUCCCUUUCCCCGAGCCGCUGCGCCGCCGGCCGGGGCAGCCGUGCCCAGGAUGCAGGCUCGCUACUCCGUGUCGGAUCCAAAUGCCCUCGGAGUGGUGCCUUACUUGAGCGAGCAGAACUACUACCGGGCGGCGGGCUCGUACGGCGGCAUGGCCAGCCCCAUGAGCGUGUACUCGGGCCACCCGGACCAGUACGGGCCGGGCAUGGGCCGCUCCUACGGGCCCUACCACCACCACCACCACCACCACCAGCCCACGGCGCCCAAGGACCUGGUGAAGCCGCCCUACAGCUACAUCGCCCUCAUCACCAUGGCCAUCCAGAACGCGCCCGAGAAGAAGAUCACCCUGAACGGCAUCUACCAGUUCAUCAUGGACCGCUUCCCCUUCUACCGCGAGAACAAGCAGGGCUGGCAGAACAGCAUCCGCCACAACCUGUCGCUCAACGAGUGCUUCGUCAAGGUGCCCCGCGACGACAAGAAGCCCGGCAAGGGCAGCUACUGGACGCUGGACCCGGACUCCUACAACAUGUUCGAGAACGGCAGCUUCCUCCGCCGCCGCCGGCGCUUCAAGAAGAAGGACGUGCCCAAGGAGAAGGAGGAGCGCGGGGGGCACCCGAAGGAGCCGCCGCCGCCGCCGCCGCCGUCGCGGGGGCCGCAGCAGGAGGCCGAGAAGAAGGUGGUGGUCAAGAGCGAGGCCUCGUCGCCGGACCUGCCGGUCAUCACCAAGGUGGAGACGCUGAGCCCGGACGGCGGCGGCGGAGGAGGAGGUGGGGGAGGAGGAGGGGGCGGCCUGCGGGACAGCCCCCGGAGCGCGGCCGCGUCCACGCCGUCGGGCUCCACCGAGGGCCCCCUGGCCGAGCCCCACCCGUCCGCCAACGGGCUGUCGGGCUUCAGCGUGGAGAAUAUCAUCACCCUGCGGACGCCGCCCCCGGGCGCCGAGCUGAGCCCCGGGCCCGGCCGGGCGGGGCUGCUGGUCGUGGCGGCCUCCUCCUCGUCGUCGUCGUCGUCCUCUUCGUCCUCGUCCUCGUCGUCGUCGUCGUCGUCGUCGUCGUCGUCCGGCCUGGCGCUGCCCUACCCUCCGGCGCAGCCCGCCGCCUACGGCCCGCCGUGCCCCGCGCAGGGCCUGGACGCCGGCGGGAGCUACCACUGCAGCAUGCGGGCCAUGAGCCUGUACGCGGGCGGGGAGCGGGCGGCGCCCCUGUGCGUGGCCGGCCCGCCGCUGGACGAGCCCCUGGCGGACCCCCCCAACGGGGCCGCCUCGCCCCUCGGCGGCCUGGGCCUCGGGGCGGGCCAGGACGCCGCCCUGGCCGGCUCCGGCCACCCCCACCACCACCAGCCCCCGCCGCCUCACCACCCCCAGCAGCCGCACCCCCCGCACCCCCCGCAGCCCCCGCAGCCCCCGCAGCCCGGCCCGGCCGCCGGCCAGCCGUCCUCCUGGUAUCUCAACCACGGUGGCGAGCUCAGCCACCUCUCGGCCCACUCGUUCGCCUCCCAGCAGCAGACUUUCCCCAACGUCCGGGACAUGUUCGGCUCCCACCGGCUCGGGAUCGACGGCUCGGCCCUCGGAGACCACCAGGUGAGCAGCAACGCGAGCUGUCAGCUCCCCUAUAGAUCCACGCCCUCCUCCAUAUACCGCCACACCACCCCCUACUCCUAUGACUGCACAAAGUAUUGAUCUCCGGCCCCCUCCUCCUCCUCCUCCCCCCCUUCCACCUCCAAGCCCAUCCAUCCGUCCACCGACGU